GUGAUAUUUUCACCUUCUUCCCAUCAAAUCGCGCAUAAAAUCAGUCUUUAUUGCAUUGCUGAGCAAAACGGAAGAUUGGUAAAAGUACAACUCAGAAUAAAGGCACUUGCAUUGAAUGCUUUUUUCAUUUCAAUCUUUCCCUUUCCUACAUCAUUUUCAUUUGAUUUUAACUUGAUCAUGAAUGAACAAAAAAACGAAAACGAUUUCAUCUCACCUGAAAUUCAAAAUAAUCAAUUGUCAGAUGAAUGCAUCUCAAAUGCUGACAGAAACGAUGCAGAAGUGAAGGAUAUGGUCAAUCAAUUCAUUCUUACCCAAAAUUCUCAAGAUAAUCCGAUCAAUACCGUUGAUGAUAGUGGCUUGGACUUGACAAAAGGGAAAUUGAGCAUAUUUGAAGACAAAUCAUCCAAAGAGAAAGAACGCUCAUACGAUAAUCAACAUUCGGCACACACUCGAUACCAAAGUCCCCAAUUGAUCGAAGAAGAAGCUUCCAUCGAAGCUGAGGAAGAUGCAUACAACGUUUUUCAAGUACGUGAUGCAGUUGAAGACUUAGACGAAGGUCAUUCACAACCUGUGUCAUUUGCUUCUUCAGAAAAGGUGCAAAGUAGCGCUCAUGGAGAUGGGAUCGAAGAAGACGAGGCAUCUUCAAAUGAUUCAACAGACGUGCAAAUUAAUUGCCGUAAAGCACAAAAAGCUGAUACACCAUUAGCCAUGGAAGAAGAUUCGGAGCAAGGUAUGCUCAUCAAAGGUGUUCAAUCCAUCAACUCCUAUUCUUCCACAGCCACCUCUGAAAUUGAAGAAGAUGACGAAAGCUCGCAUUCUGAGACUGAAAAUUUGGAAGAGCAAGAAGAUUCCUCGUUGGAUCAAGAGAACGAACAGGAAAACUGGACUUUACCAAACAGUCGAGGCAAGAAGCGCGCUCAAAGCGACGUAGCACAUGAUGACACAGACGGGCACAGUAAGAUCAAUCCCAUUUUCUGCAUUGACAAUGAAGAAGCGAAGGCCAAAUCGACUGCAUUGCGCAUCGUGAAAGGAACUCAAAGACGAGAUUACUACCCUGAUUGGGUAAGUGAAGGGCUUCAUGCCUCCCUAGAUGAUUGGGAUCGAAAGCCAACGCAAGCGCAAUUGGAAUUGCUUCAAGUAGCAGUUUUGCAGAGUCCGACUGAUGUUCCAGUUCUUUUGCAACUGUUUCAACACGUUUUUGGACCCUAUGUAUGUCACGAACACCAUAAUGAUGUGUUGCAAAGUAUGCAAAAUCUCUGUAGUAUUCGUGGUCGCCUUCAAAUCUGGCCAAUCAAAAGCAGAGCUCGUAGCCCUGCUGCAGUCGAGCUGUUCAGGACGGAUGAGUUCAUCUACAUCUAUCUCAGCUCAUUUGCCAGCUCUGCAGAAUUCUUCAAUUACGAUUGUUGGCUGCAGGAAACUUACCCUGAAGGCGUUGUGCGUGCUAUGGAUCAAAGGAUGGCUAAAUUUUACGGCAAAGAAUCAGCCUCUGGAUAUGAUUAUUGGGCAUUUGCAAGAGCAAAGUAUUUGGAUGAGUUCGGUGAUCGUCCCAUGAAGCCAGAAGAUCUGACGGUUGACGAACGUAAAGAAUGGAUCCAAGAUUUGGAAUAUUGUACGUCAUUUACAGAAGCAACAACUGUGACUGAAAACGUUUUUGGUCCUCUCAUGGAGUUUAAAGAUCUUCCUGCGCCAAAAGUGGAUAUCGACAGAUAUUGGAGUCCAUGUGAAUGCAGUAUCUGUCUGCGAUCGAACAAAAGAAUCAAGUUGGACAACGUAAAAAACGACUCUGACACCUUUGCCAUCUAAGGAUGAGACUAAAUCGCUAUUCACCUCAUCAGAAUGGCAGGAUCUGUUCAUGAGAUAAUCAAGCGAUUAUUGGUUCGAAGCAAUUGAUUGACAA